GCCGUGAUACUGGGCAAAGACGACGGAGGUUUGGCUGCAUCCCCGAAUUCCGCACUAAUAAAGGCUUUAAAACCCGCACACUGUGGCUUGCCAUCCCAAUGCUCCGCGCGUCCUUUGAGUGACACCUUGAUAGCGGAAAAGGGCGGAGCCUGUAGCGCCCAGACACGGCUUGAACUCUGAGAGGCGGGCGGAGCCUUACCCAAUGGGCUGAGGGGCCGGGAAGGAGGCGGGGCUUCUCUCGGCCAAUCGGCGGACGCGCCCUCGUUGCCGCUCUAUGCCGCUCCGCCUCGGCUCGCUGGUCCCAGAAGGCGCCGGGUUUCCCAAGAUGGCGGCCGACGUGUCCGUUACUCACCGGCCCCCGCUGAGCCCGGAGGCUGGGGCCGAGGUUGAAGCUGAUGAUGUCGCGGAGCGCCGGGCGCCUGAAGAAGAACUGCCGUCGCUAGAUCCAGAGGAGAUCCGGAAACGCCUGGAACACACCGAGCGCCAGUUCCGUAACCGCCGCAAGAUACUGAUCCGGGGCCUCCCGGGGGACGUGACCAACCAGGAGGUGCACGACCUGCUCGGCGACUAUGAGCUCAAGUACUGCUUUGUGGACAAAUACAAAGGGACAGCUUUCGUGACCUUGCUGAACGGGGAGCAGGCCGAGGCCGCCAUCAGCGCCUUCCACCAGAGCCGCCUGCGGGAGCGCGAGCUGUCGGUGCAGCUGCAGCCCACAGAUGCCCUGCUGUGCGUGGCCAACCUGCCCCCCAGCCUCACGCAGCAGCAGUUUGAGGAGCUGGUGCGGCCCUUUGGCAGCCUGGAGCGCUGCUUCCUGGUCUACAGCGAGCGCACCGGCCACUCCAAGGGCUAUGGCUUCGCCGAGUACAUGAAGAAGGACUCGGCCGCCCGCGCCAAGUCGGACCUGCUGGGCAAGCCGCUGGGCCCACGCACCCUCUACGUGCACUGGACAGACGCCGGGCAGCUGACGCCCUCCCUGCUCCACUCCCGCUGCCUCUGUGUCGACCGCCUGCCGCCCGGCUUCAGUGAUGUGGAUGCCCUGCGCCAGGCGCUCUCGGCCGUCCACACACCCACCUUCUGCCAGCUGGCGUACGGCCAGGACGGGCAACUGAAGGGCUUCGCCGUGCUGGAGUACGAGACGGCGGAGAUGGCGGAAGAGGCACAGCAGCGGGCAGACGGCCUGGCCCUGGGGGGCAGCCACCUGCGCGUCUCCUUCUGCGCCCCUGGGCCCCCUGGCCGCAGCAUGCUGGCUGCUCUUAUUGCUGCCCAGGCCACGGCCCUCAAUCGGGGCAAAGGGCUCCUGCCCGAGCCCAACAUCCUGCAGCUGCUCAACAACCUGGGGCCCUCCGCUUCCCUCCAACUGCUGCUCAACCCCCUGCUCCACGGUGGCGCGGGUGGCAAGCAGGGCCUCCUGGGCGCACCCCCGGCCAUGCCGCUGCUCAACGGGCCCGCCCUGUCCACAGCGCUGCUGCAGCUCGCCCUGCAGACCCAGAGUCAGAAGAAACCCGGGAUCCUGGGAGACUCUCCCCUAGGCACCCUCCAGCCCGGGGCCCAGCCGGCCAACCCCCUCCUCGGGGAGCUGUCUGCAGGAGGGGGCCUGCCCCCAGAGCUGCCGCCCCGGCGAGGGAAGCCACCGCCCCUGCUGCCGCCACUACUUGGCCCCUCUGGGGGUGACCGGGAACCCAUGGGCCUGGGUCCCCCAGCACCCCAGCUCACUCCACCCCCUGCUCCUGUGGGGCUUCGAGGCACUGGUCUCAGAGGCCUGCAGAAGGACAGUGGGCCUUUGCCAAUGCCCACUGGGGUCUCGCUGCUGGGGGAGCCUCCCAAGGACUUCCGGAUCCCCCUGAAUCCCUACCUGAACCUACACAGCCUGCUCCCGGCCAGCAAUCUGGCGGGUAAGGAGGCCCGGGGCUGGGGAGGCGCUGGGAGAAGCCGCCGCCCAGCUGAGGGCCCCCUGCCUAACCCCCCAGCCCCUGGAGGUGGUGGCAGCAGCAAAGCUUUCCAGCUCAAGUCCCGCCUGCUCAGCCCCCUCACCAGCGCCCGCCUGCCCCCCGAUCCAGGGCUGCCCGACAGCUAUGGCUUCGACUACCCCUCAGAUGUGGGACCUCGGCGGCUCUUCUCCCACCCACGGGAGCCAACCCUCAGGCCUCAUGGACCCAGCCGACACAAAAUGUCCCCCCCACCCAGUGGCUUUGGCGAGCGGGGUGGCGGAGGUGGCGGUGGGCCCCUCUCCCACUUCUAUUCGGGCUCACCCACUUCCUACUUCACCAGCGGCCUGCAGGCUGGCCUCAAGCAGAGCCACCUUAACAAGGCGGUUGGCUCCUCCCCACUGGGCUCUGGAGAAGGGCUCCUGGGCCUCGGCCCUGGGCCCAAUGGCCACAGCCACUUGCUGAAGACCCCACUGGGUGGCCAGAAACGCAGCUUCGCCCACCUGCUGCCCUCGCCCGAGCCUAGCCCAGAAGGCAGCUAUGUGGGCCAGCACUCCCAGGGCCUUGGAGGCCACUACGCAGAUUCCUACCUGAAGCGCAAGAGGAUUUUCUAAGGGGCCAGUGCUGGAGAUGCUCAAGGGCCUGCACCAAAUCGCUUUUGGGUUUUCUGGUGUUUUGUCUUGUGUUAUUUUUCUCUCUUUUUUUUUCCCUUUCGGUAAUAGAAAAAUUUCUGAAAGACUUUGCUGACCAACCAGCAGGAGCCCAAGGAGUGUAGGGGCGUCUGGGAGCCACUCUGCACCUCUGGCCUGCUCCCAGUGUGGAAACCCUGCAGCCUUAAGAGGGAGAGGCCAUGGCCUGCUCUCUCUCCCCAGCCCUAUGUCCGCCUGUGUUCGUCUCUCUGGGAGUCCUCUCCUGCCUCGUCGCUCCUGUAUCUUGGCCUUUCGAGUGCCUUGGAGGUUUCCCUGACCUCCCGUGAGGAUCAGAGACUAUCCCCCUUUUUUAACUUUGACAGUUGACUUUGGUUUCCUUUUCUAAUUUUUAUUAUUUUUUAAACAAUCCAGGACGACCCCCAGCUCUGAUUCCUUCAAGGCCCAGUGUGUCUGGGCCUCCAUUCCACACUUUUUGGUUUGAAAUGGCUCAGCCCUUUUUUCUUUUUCCCACAACUGCUGCAGGCAUGGCUGUCUCCUGCCCCCGCCUGCCCUCUCUGAGCUGUACUCCAGGUCCGGGUCCCCCAUCCCCUGCCACAGCCCCCUUGCCUUCUGAUGCCUUAAAAGCCAGGCUCCAGGCCCCAGGCCCCGCUGGCCAGAGCCUCUCAGAUGCUGAGCUCUGGAAGCUUGACUCAGGACCAAAUGGCUCUGGCCUGGGGAUUGGGCCCCUCUACCCUCGGUCCCCCAUCAUGGGGACGGGACAGUAGAAGGCCAAAGCCUUGGUCUUGGCAAACCAGUCCCACCAGCCCUCCUGCUCAGGCUUAGGUGCAGGGAUGGGCUUUCUCUGCCAGCUUAAAUUGGUCCCCCUGCUGUCCGUCUGUCAGGCAUUGUGCAUCUCACUGAGCCUCUGCUGUCUCCUCCAUGUUGAAGAUGAGCUCCGCCUCUUCAUCCCCAGGCCAGAUCACCCAGAGCUGGCCUCCCUUUGGCCCAGUGCUAGAAAAUUCAACAACAUGCCAAUAAGCUCUGCCCCUGCCCACCAGCAAGACAUGUCAGCCUGAGGUGACCCUGGGCCCUGGUCCUGGCCGGCUGGGCCACCAGCUUCCCUCCCCUGACUCUGGGGGUCCACAUCCACUCCGGGGGGCGGGGGUGUCCUCUCUCCAGUCUUCUCACACAGACCUUUGCUGAAUUAAAGUUUGUAAGUAAAUGGUUUUAAAGAAA